AUGGCUGCCUCCAAGGCUCAGGAUGCCAUUGCCUCCGUGGAUCGCUCGUCAGACGAUCAUCGGGACUCGUCGUCCGUGGCCAAGAUUGUAGAAAAUGCAAAGGCAGCCACGGAUAAGGAACAGAACAUGACCCUGCUGCAGGGUAUCAAGCUCUAUCCCAAGGCCGUGGCUUGGAGUAUCCUCAUCUCCACCGUUAUUGUGAUGGAAGGGUACGACAUCAGUCUGAUCAACAAUUUCUAUGCUUUCCCGCAAUUCAGCAAAAAGUACGGCGAGCAGCUGGCCAACGGAGACUACGAAGUUCCUGCAAGGUGGCAAGCAGGUUUGAGCAACGGUGCUUAUGUCGGUGAAAUUAUCGGUCUUUUUAUUAAUGGCUGGGCUUCGGAACGUUUCGGAUAUCGUUAUACCAUCAUCGCCUGCCUCAUCUUGAUCACUGCAUGGACAGCCAUUUUCUUUACGGCCCCGAACGUCCAGGCCUUGCUCGCCGCCGAAAUCCUCGCCGGUAUCCCCUGGGGCGUGUUUCAAACUCUGGCCGUCACUUAUGCCUCCGAAGUUUGCCCCGUUGCGCUCCGAGGAUACCUUACGACCUAUGUUAACUUUUGCUGGGGCCUGGGUCAGCUGAUUGGCGUCGGUGUGAUUUCGUCCAUGAUCAACCGGGACGACGAAUGGUCAUAUCGGAUUCCUUACGGUCUUCAAUGGAUGUGGCCGCUUCCCCUCCUCAUCGGUAUCUUUUGCGCCCCGGAGUCGCCAUGGUGGCUUGUUCGCAACGGCAAGACGCAGGAAGCAAAGAAGUCCCUAUUACGAUUAACCAGUGUGCGGGAGGACAACGACUUCGACGCGGACGAAACCGUCGCCAUGAUGGUCCACACUACGGCAUUGGAAGCGAAGAUCACGCGGGGUGCCAGUUACUUGGACUGUUUCAGGGGUACCGAUUUACGGCGGACGGAAAUCGUGUGUAUGGUCUGGGCUAUUCAGAACCUAAGCGGAAACUCUUUCUCCAACUACUCCACCUAUUUCCUCAAACAGGCCGGACUGGACACGUCAAAAGCCUACGCCUUUGCCAUGGGUCAAUACGGUAUCAACAUGGCUGGCGUGUUUGGCGCGUGGUUCCUCAUGACAGUGGGAUGCGGCCGUCGGGCCCUCUAUUUAUACGGUCUAUGCGGCCUCUGCGUCAUGUUGAUUGUCAUGGGAUUUCUCGGCUUGGUCCCUGAUGAGCACCGAACACAGGCAUCGCUUGCCACCGGGUCCAUGAUGGUUGUCUGGGCCUUGUUCUACCAGCUCACCGUCGGUACGGUUGCCUAUUCCCUCGUGGCGGAGCUGUCCACCCGACGGCUUCAGAUCAAGACAGUGGUCCUCGGACGCAACCUGUACAAUAUUGUCGCCAUCAUCUGUGGCGUGUUGACGCCGUACAUGCUGAACCCCGGGGCAUGGGAUUGGGGCAACUACGCCGGUUUCUUCUGGGGAGGCCUCUGCUUCUGCUGCAUCAUUUAUACUUAUUUCCGAGUCCCCGAGCCGAAAGGUCGCUCUUUCGCCGAGCUGGACGUUCUCUUCGAACGGGGAAUCAGUGCCCGCAAAUUCGCCAGCACCCGGGUCGACGUCUUCGACGAAACCAUCGAGGGCCGCGUGGUCGACGAUUACCGGACCCAGAAGACAGUUCAGACGGACGCCGCUGGGUUGGAGAAGCAAGCUUGA